AAAAAAAAAGAAUAAAACCAUAUUGAAAAGACACUACAACUAUGUAUAUGUGGUUGGGAGGUGGGUAGGUGAAAGAUAGCUAAAACCAUGGCUGCCAUAGUAGAAAGUGAAUUAAUGAUUACAACUGAAAAUUUAGAAAUAGAAAUAUUAACAUGUUUUUUAAAUGUAUGGAGUUUAAAUACCAAAAGGAGCAGCUAAUAGAGUUAAAAAUUGUUGCCUCUAGAUUUGCAAGAUAGGGGCAGAGUAGCAGGGAUGGGACUGUUGGAGCUUUUUGUGAUAUUCCUUGCAUAGCUAUUUUGAAUUUGUGUUGAGGUGUAAGUGAUAUAAAUUUUUAAUUAAAAAAUUCAGGCCAGGUACAGGGGCUCAAGCUUAUAAUCCCAGCACUUUGGGAGGUGGAAGCAGGUAGAUCACUUGAGUCCAGGAGUUUGAGACCAGGCUGGGCAACAUAGACUGCAUGGCUGCAAAAACUACAAAAAUUAGCCAGGGUGGUGACAUGUGCCUUUAGGCCCAGCUACUCAGAAGGCUGAGGUAGUAGGAUCACUUGAGCCCUGGAAAUGAGGGUCGCAGUGAGUGGAGAUCCGAGACUGCACUUCAGCCUGGGUGUCAGACUGAAGCCCUAUCUCAAAAAACAAAAAAAAACAAAGACUCCAGGGAGGAACAAAUAAAGACCACCUAGGACUGGGAUACCAUCAAGUAUAGCUCUAGCAUCUCUGGACCUGCAUCUGAAGUAAAUGAACCUUGAGGAAAAUUGACCGGUUCUUGCAAUUCUAAAAUCAUGGCUCGUGAUUUGGUGAUGUUCAGAGAUGUGGCUGUAGACUUUUCUCAGGAAGAGUGGGAAUGCCUGAAUUCGUAUCAGAGGAAUUUGUACAGAGAUGUGAUAUUAGAGAACUACAGCAACUUGGUGUCACUAGCAGGAUGUUCCAUUUCUAAACCAGAUGUGAUCACCCUAUUGGAACAAGGGAAAGAGCCUUGGUUGGUUGUGAGGGAUGAGAAGAGAAGAUGGAGCCUAGAUUUGGAAUCCAGAUAUGACACUAAAAAGUUAUUUCAAGAAAAGGAUAUUUAUGAAAUGAAUUUAUCUCAGUGGAAGGUAAUGGAAAGAAUUACCUGUGGACUUGAAGGACAAGAAAGUCCUCGUGAGGUAUGUUUCAGGCAAGUGACAAAAGCCACCUCUGAAAAAAUGCCCACUUACAGAAAACUCAGAUCUCUUACUCUGUAUCAGAAAAGUCAUAAUAGAGAGAAACCCUAUGAAUGUGGGGAAUGUGGGAAGGCUUUUAGAGUACGACAACAACUUACUUUCCAUCAAAGAAUUCAUACUGGUGAGAAACCCUAUGAAUGUAAAGAAUGUGGAAAAGCCUUUAGGCAGUGUGCCCACCUUAGUCGACAUCAGAGAAUUCAUACUUCUGACAAACUCUAUGAAUGUAAAAAAUGUGGAAAGAUCUUCACAUGUGGCUCAGACCUUCGAGUACAUCAGAGAAUUCAUAUUGGCGAGAAGCCAUAUGAAUGUAAAGAAUGUGGGAAAGCCUUUAGAGUUAGAGGACAACUUAAUCUCCAUCAAAGGAUCCAUACUGGUGAGAAACCCUAUGAAUGUAAGGAAUGUGGGAAGGCCUUUAGACAGUAUGCACACCUUACUCGACAUCAGAGACUUAACAUUGCUGAGAAGUGCUAUGAGUGUAAGGAAUGUGGUCAGGCUUUUCUGUGUAGUACAGGCCUUCGACUACAUCACAAACUUCAUACUGGUGAAAAACCCUAUGAAUGUAAGGAGUGUGGAAAGGCCUUUAGAGUGCGGCAACAACUUACUCUCCAUCAGAGAAUUCACACCGGUGAGAAGCCUUAUGAUUGUAAGGAAUGUGGGAAGACUUUCAGUCGUGGCUAUCAUCUAACUCUCCAUCAGAGAAUACAUACUGGUGAGAAACCUUAUGAAUGUAAGGAAUGUCAGAAGUUCUUUCGUCGUUACUCAGAACUUAUUUCACAUCAAGGUAUUCACAUUGGAGAGAAACCUUAUGAAUGUAAGGAAUGUGGGAAGGCAUUUAGACUGUUCUCACAGCUUACUCAACAUCAGAGUAUUCAUUUUGGUGAGAAGCCCUAUAAGUGUAAAGAAUGUGAGAAGACUUUUAGACUGCUUUCACAACUUACUCAACAUCAAAGUAUUCAUACUGGCGAAAAACCCUAUGACUGUAAGGAAUGUGGAAAGUCCUUUAGACUUCAUUCAUCACUGAUUCAACAUCAGAGAAUUCAUUCAGGUGAGAAACCAUACAAAUGUAAGGAAUGUAAAAAAGCAUUUAGACAACAUUCACAUCUUACUUACCAUCAGCGAAUUCAUAAUGUAACUUAAUAAUUAUUAGAACUCUUCCAUUAUGAAUUUUAUGUUGAGCAUAGGAAGUAAAUUCUAGAGGAAAGGUUUUUGAAUGUAGGACUCCCUUUUGCUUCAUGCUCAAAACUGACUUAGGAUAGGAAGUUUUAUUUAAAGGAAAGAAUGUGUUAAUGAACAUAUAGAAGACUUUCAUCGCCUUUGAAACUAUGUUAAACUUUAGGACAUUCAUCCUAAAAAUGAACUUUAUUAAAGGAGUGAAUGUGGAAAAGCUUUUGAUCUUACCUAUUAUUAUCUCCAUAUUCUUCCAUCUGUGUAGUAUACACAUGGAGGUUUCCAGGAAACCACCUCAUUCUGAAAAUGUGUAAAUGAAGGGAAAGUCAUUUAGCCUGCUUUUCCUGCAUGAACUGUAUUUCAAGGCAACAGAAGGUAAUGAGGUAAAGUUCUUUAUUAGAAAAUUUCAGGCUAAUGAAUGCAAAAAGAAUAAUAGAAAUAGAAAAUUGUAUUAGAAAAGCUAUUGUGAAACAUAUAAUGAAAUACUAAAUCAAGAGGUUGAGACCAUUCAGUGAAAGGUUGUGAACUUUACAGUGAAUAGAUCAGACUGACAACAUCUGAACUCACUGAUAACUUCACAAAAAAAGACAAUAAAAAUUAUUUGCCUCCUAAUGUGAUACAGUAAGAUAUAUACAUCUUGCCAAAAAUAUUAAACCUGAAUAUAAUUAAGCCUCAAGAUCUAACUCCCAGUUUAGAGAAAAUUCAAGAAAUGGAAGAGUAAAUUACAUGACACAAAAAGGAACAAUUAAGUCUAAAAUAAGAGUAAUUCUACAAGAGGGAUGACCUGGUUUCCUAACCAAUAAAAUGGCAUUUUGAGAAAUAAGGUGGAACUCUUAGGUAUUGACAGACUUGAGACAUCAAUCAAGUGCAAUGAAAGAGUGGUUUUUACUUAGAUCAUGAGUUGAACAAACAUGUAACAUAAGACAUAUUUACAAUAAUUGGGAGAAUGGGAAUAUUGACCAUAUUAGAUAAUAGGAAACUUUUUGUUAUAUGUGAUAAUAGCAUUGUGAUUAUGUAAAAGUCUAUUUGUUAGAGAUAAUUUCUGAAAUUUAUACACAGGAGAUGAUGUAUCUGGAAUGUCCUUUUCAUGCAAAAGAAAAAUGAGGGUGAAUAACAUGUUUGGCAAAAUGAUGGUAACCUAAGUCUUGGUUACAUGGUUUUUGUUUUUGUUAUUCUUUCUACUUUUGUGUAUUUAAAAUUUUCCUUGAUGUGCUUUUAAAGAUCAAGUUAGCCAUGAAGUUAUAACCAAUUUAAGAUGAAUAAUUUUUUUAAAAAAUUUCUACAUAUUAAAUCUUGUGGAUGUUGCCAAAGCUCUACACAUUGGGAUUGGUUUAAUUACAUGAUAAUGACUAUAAUUACAUGACAAUGACUAUAAUGUAUUCAGGAAGUUAAAAUUGUGUGCCCACAUUUUAUUUAGUUCACCUCUCUAUCUCUGUAUUAUAGUACCCAUGGUACUCACUUCAUAUAUAUAUAUAUUUUGAGACAUAGUCUUGCUCUGUCACCCAGGCUGGAGUGCAGUGGCAUGAUCUUGGCUCACUGCAAGAUCUACCUCCCAGGUUUAAUCCAUUCUCCUCCUUCACCCUCCCAGGUAGCUGGGAUUACAGGCAUGUGCCACCUUGCCUGGCUAAUUUUUGUAUUUUUAGUAGAGUGGGGUUUCACCAUGUUGGCUAGGCUGGUCUCAAACUCCUGACCUCAGGUGAUCUGCCUGCCUUGGCCUCCCAAAGUGCUGGGAUUACAGGCGCAAGCCACUGUGCUCAGCCUGCACUUCAUAUGUUUAAAGAAUGAGUAAAAUAAAGCAAUUACUACUGCUAAAUGUGGAAAUUAAUGGACUAGACCUACACUGUCUAAUAUAAUAGUUACUAGCAACAUUUUGAGCACUUGAAAUUAAGUUAUUGAACACUGACAUGUGGCUAGUCCAAAUUAAAAUGGUGUUAAAUGUAAAACACAAGAUUCUGACGACUGUUAUUUAAAAAAAGUUAAAUAUCUCAAUUUUUCAUAUUGAGUACAUAUUGAAAUAUUUUAGACAUUGGUUCAAAUAAAAUAUGUUAAAAUGAAUAGCAAUAUUUUUUGUUUUUUAAAAAUGUGUUACAGGAAACUUUAAAAUUAUGUAGCUCACAUAUUUCUAUUGUCAGCACUGGAAUAAACAAUAAAAAGUAGAUUUUAGCCAAAGGG